UAAAACCGGCGGUUGGUGUGACCUGUAGCAAUUAUAUACAUAUAUACAUACAUACAUACAUACAUACAUAUAAACAUAUUGUACAAAUACGCUUUUACAUGCGAAUCGAAUAACAAUCAUUAAUGCAAUAAAAUGGUAUUUAUGGUUGCUGUGCUAGUUUCGAUUAAAAAAAGUGCUUGUCGAAUGGUUGGCGGAAAAUUUACCGUUGCAAUAUCUUCAGAUGCCAAUUGCUUUAAAAUUGUCGUCUUGCCAGCAUUAUCUAGGCCAAGUAACAGUAUUCUGGCUUCUUUGUCGGGGCUGGGGCGCAAUUUGCGCAAUAGUGAUAGUAAACCCUGCAGCGACAUUGAAUAAUAUAGAACAAUCGUAUGCAUAUUAGAUCAGUAAUAAGCAGUUGAGUAGUUUAUUGUUUAUUAAUUUAAAAAUAUUAUAAUUUUCGAAUAUUUUGUUCCUUUAUAUUUUUUAUACCGAAGACAGCAAACUACUUUGAACCAACGCUUAAGUGGUUAUAUGAACUUGUGAAUUUCAAAAAAUUGCUUAUAAAUAUACUUAUAUUUAAAAAUAUUCUCCGAAAAUUUUAAAUUGAUUCGGUACAUAGUUUCGGAUAUAUGAGCGUGUUUGUAUUUCGGCUCCUAAAAACGCUAUUUUCUCGAAACGCUGUUUUCAGAGUCCAUGAAGAAAAAUUACCUAAACGGCUGCACCAAUCGACUUGAAAACUUCACACAACCUUCUAAGAUAUACAUAUUUCUCAGCAAUUAAAGAAAUCAAAUUCAGUCACGACCUUUUUUGGGUAGCCGCCAUUUUGUAAAAAGUUUUGAAUUCCUUCGAUCAAAAUCUAUAUACAUCUAUUAUAAUAGAUAAUUUUAAGCAAAAAAUUCUUCUUCACCAGCAGACACCUUUUUUUGUAUACUCCUAGAAUUCCUCCAAAUUUUUUCAUAAUUAACCACUGAUUAUAGAAGCACGUUCAGUUCUGCACAUCUACAUUCUACUUAAUUUUUAUUUGUUUAUAACGCGCUUUUUCUAACUUGCAAGUGGAUAUAACACCUCAAAUAAUUGAAACUAAUGUAUGACUUCAUAUUCACAAUAAAAACGUUGACGAGCACACAACUCUUUACCAUUGCAAUUAAUUUAAAUACAACUUUGUAUAUAUAUAUAUGCACAUUUUAUAAUAUCUGCAUAUUUUAGAAACUAUUCAUUAUUUACAACUUAGUUUGAUUUAUUUUUUACACGAAAAUUCUUUGUCUAUUACUUCUCGUUACUUUCAUUCGUUUGCUCAUUAUUUAUAGUCAUAAAAUGUUAUAUAUCACAUAAAAUCAAAUGUAUAUGGUAAACAAUACCUAAUCACACAUUUAUUCCCAUUUGAAGAUCUAAGCCUAAUCUAUUUUAAUAAAAAUUAACUUAUUACAUUUGUUAUUAACUUAAAAAAUUUCAAAAUAAUAAACAAUAGUAAAUAUCUCUAACUUUCGUACAAAACAAAAACAGACCAGCAAAGUAACGGAUUCAGAACUCAUUUCCGCUAUGUUCACAUAUCUCACCAGCUCCAGCUGUGGUACAGCUACCACACUUGCAGUCCACUUACAGUUCCAACCCUGUGGACUGCAUUUACUUUGACAGCAGCAAACAGCUGAUCAAAAUGUAAAUAGAAAAUUUCUCAAGUGCAGCGCUGGAUUUUCCGCUCAAGGAAAUUGUUUUGUUUCCAUGACAACGGUAUCGAAAUAAACAAACAACUAUUAAAAAUUCGUUAAUGAUUUCACAAUUUCCAAUAUUGAGUUUUACAAAGAAGACACUUUAAUGCACGUUUAACUGGCUAACUUGAGGUUGAAUCAAAUUUAUUGAUGCACGAGCUUGGAUUAUAUAAACAGAAACAUAACCACCACUAUCGGCAAAUGAAAGUAUACUAACUUACUAACUGAGAGGGCUAACAGCAGAUCCACCAUACCAUUCAUUAUCUGUGACAGCCGAAUAUACAGACAGAUACAUAGGCUUGUUCAUGCAGUGCUAGUAGAAAUGACAGCGGUAGAGUUUGUGAAUUAGUAACAUCCGUGAGGUAACGAGGCAACGGUAAAGGGGCAUAGAUACAAUAGUGCUCUAUUUAUUAUGACUGUGUUACGAAUCUUCGCGAUGAUAUUUGUUUAGCGAUUGUUUUUGGUAUUUUUCGCUUUGAAGUGAGCAUGUGUCAGCGUCAUCAACUACUUUGAAGAGGAAAUUUUAUUUAUAUUACAACGGAAUACUAAUGCUAGCUUUUAGUGGCUUCAAUGGCUUCGGCCAGUUCGCCGUCGAUGGUCAGCGAAGCGGAAACGCGUUUACAGGUAUAUCAUUGGAGAAGUCAAUGACCGGCGAACAAAGUAUUUUACAUGUCACAAUCAGUUGGAGCUACACUGCUUAUGCUACAGGAAAUCAGCUAAGGCUACGUGGCUGCUUGUCUGGCACACCUAAUUCAACAUUAAGUUUAGAGAUUUCGGGGAGCAUAGUACAAUUAGCCGCCUGUGAUAAAUUCUGUCUUGUGUUGUGCGAAAAUGGCAAAUUGUACAAAGUACGCGCUGAGAACGAUGCCCAGCUACAAGAGGUUAAGCUCGAGGCCGAAGUGCAAGCAUUGCCACAGAAACGAACUAUUUUCGGCAAGCUGAAGUCUACUUCGGCGCAAACAGCGCACAUUUAUAUUACGCAUAUUGCAUGUGGUUCGAACAUCAAUGUCGCUAUUAGCGAGACAAAUGCAGUCUAUAGCGUGCCGAGUAAAAUUCAUCAAUUUCCGAAACAUUUUCGGGUGAAACAAUUACAAAGUGGAUUUGAACAUGCGCUCUUACUCAGCGCCAAUGGUGAUGUCUACAGUUGGGGUAAUGGUUUUCGAGGACAGUUGGGACACGAUGUGCUGCGCCUAGAAGAGACACCCGUGCUGAUAGAAGCGCUGGCUGGCAUUAAAAUUAAUUUUAUAGCUGCUGGUGGUUGGCAUAGCGCGGCUAUUUCUGCCUUUGGUGAUCUCUACGCUUGGGGAUUCAACUCAAAUGGCCAAUUGGGCAUACGUAUGUUUAAACCAGGAUCGAGUGGAAGCCUUAAACAACCAACAGUAUUUACUUUGCCGCAAAUUGUCGAGCUGCCAGUGUGUAAAUGCCUUCGGAAGAAAGCUAGUGUAGAAAGUGAUGACAGCUUGGAAAUUGCGGAAGAGGAAUGCACACCACUGCGUGUAUAUGCAGGCGCCCGCCAUACGCUGCUGCAAAUGAAUUGCGGUGUGCUCUAUGCGACUGGCUGGAAUGCGUAUGGACAGCUCGGUUUGGGGCGCAAAGUGGAAUAUUGUGAUGAAUUUGAGUAUGUGGAAUGUGAAGGAGAUAGUCUCAGUGAUAUGCGCGUAGUUUGUGGCGCAUGGUGUACCGUUAUAUUUAGGAAUAGUUGACGAAUAAAUAGUAAAGUGUUGAAUCAUAA